AUGAAGCCGCGCGAUUACGGAAUCCCGUACCCCCAGGACGCGGACCGCAUGCGACACAAGCAGAGGCAGCCCGACAAAGAAAUCCUAGAGCACGAGGCGAAGAGAGAGAUCGAGGUGCAAGUCCUGGAGCUCCGCGACCAGCUCGAAGACGAAGGGCUUGACGAGGACGAGAUUGACGAUCGGUGCGACGAGCUGAGGAAGAAGUUGCAGGAGGAGCGUAAGAAGGGCGGUAAGCAGGGACGGAGGGGCUUCAAGACGCACGAGGUACACAGCAUGGCGGACGCCAAGAUCAAGGAGAGUGAGAAGUUGCGAAACGCGCUCAAGAUUAGCAAGGACUACGAGGAAGGCGACCACUGGAGGAGGCAGGAGGAGCGGACGAGGGGCGCUGGCUCGUCGAGGGUAGAGGCGGGCGGGGACAAGGAGCGAGAGAGGGAGUCGCGGAAGAGGGACGACUGA